AUGGCGAAUUUCCGAGGAUUUUAUAUACCCUCCUUCGGUGCAUCGGUCAACGUCGCCUGGGAGACCUUGAAGGCGAUAUGGCCGGAGAACAGCCCGUGCUUGGAGCUGAUCCGCGGCGGCGGCGCCGGUAUGGGGGGCCAGGGCCAUCCCCAAGGCCGGCCCGGUCAGGGCCAGUUCAAGUCCUUCGAAGAAGGUCACGAUAACACCGAGAUGAUGACCAUGAACGGGGAUCAGGCGUAUCGGGAUCAGAACAACGUGGGAAUCGCCGAGGACUCCUUCAGCUAUCAGAGGAACGGGGAUAAAGUUAGAACCGGAAGCAUGAGCAGCGGAGAGUUCAGCGAGUACGACGAGGGUGGCGGAGAGUUCGGUGGGCCCGGUGUCAAGAUCAACGAAUGGCAAGCCGCUUGGAAUGUUACAAACGCCAUUCAGGGAAUGUUUAUUGUCUCUCUGCCGUUCGCCGUCCUGCGUGGCGGUUACUGGGCGAUCGCCGCGAUGAUCGGCAUCGCGCACAUCUGCUGCUACACCGGCAAGAUCCUCGUCGAGUGCCUGUACGAGCUGGACACGGUGACGGGUCAGCGUGUGCGGGUACGUGAUUCGUACGUGGCCAUCGCCAAGGAGUGCUUCGGGCCGAGAUGGGGCGCCCGCGUGGUCAACAUCGCCCAGAUCAUCGAGCUGCUGAUGACCUGCAUUCUGUACGUGGUCGUGUGCGGCGAUCUGAUGAUCGGCACCUUCCCCGAGGGCGCGAUCGACACCCGCAGCUGGAUGAUGCUGAUCGGUAUAUUCCUGCUACCGCUCGGCUUCCUCAAGUCCCUCCAGCACGUCUCCGUGCUGAGCUUCUGGUGCACGAUGUCUCACCUCUUCAUCAACGCGAUCAUCAUCGGUUACUGUAUCCUGGAGAUUGGUGACUGGGGCUGGUCGAAGGUGAAGUGGACGAUCGACAUGGAGAACUUCCCGAUCUCGCUCGGCGUGAUCGUCUUCAGCUACACGUCGCAGAUCUUUCUGCCGACCCUCGAGGGCAAUCUCAUCGAUCGCUCCAAGUUCGACUGGAUGCUGAACUGGAGCCACAUCGCCGCGGCCGCGUUCAAGUCGCUCUUCGGCUGGAUCUGCUUCCUGACCUUCCAGAACGACACGCAGCAGGUGAUCACGAACAACCUGCACUCGGCCGGCUUCAAGGGCCUGGUGAACCUGUGCCUGGUCGUCAAGGCGAUACUCUCGUAUCCGCUGCCGUACUACGCGGCCUGCGAGCUGCUCGAGCGCGCCUUCUUCCGCGGCCGACCGAAAACGCUCUUCCCGACCAUCUGGACGGUGGACCGCGAGCUCAAGGUCUGGGGCCUCGCCUGGCGGGUCGGCGUGGUCGUGUUCACCAUACUGAUGGCGAUCUUCAUACCGCACUUCAGCAUAUUGAUGGGCUUCAUCGGUUCCUUCACCGGCACCAUGCUCUCGUUCAUCUGGCCCUGCUACUUCCACCUCAAGCUGAAAAGGAACUCGAUGGAGUGGAGCGCCGUCGCCUACGAUUGCUUCGUCAUCUUCCUCGGUAUUCUCUUCGGCGUGAUCGGCGUCUACGAUUCCGGCUCCGCGCUGAUCAACGCCUUCGAGAUUGGCCUGCCCUUCUGA